UAUAUAUAAAGGGAGAAAGAGAGACUUGGCGACGGGUAAUGGUUGGAGUUGUAGAAAAUGAAUGAGUAUGGAGUUGCAAGGCAUCGGCCGCACGCUUCGCGAAGGGAGACAACUCCACGUCUCCUUCCUCAAAACCGGCAUUCUGAACUCCUCCCUCACCACCGCCAACCGCCUACUCCAAUUCUACUCCCGCCGCGGAUGUCUCGACGACGCCACCCAACUGUUCGACGAAAUGCCCCAGACAAACGCCUUCUCCUGGAACACUCUCAUCGAAGCCCACCUCCACUCCGGCCACAGAAACGAGUCUCUCCGCUUGUUCCACGCCAUGCCCGAGAAGACACACUACUCCUGGAACAUGCUGGUUUCCGCGUUCGCCAAGUCCGGUGACCUUCAACUUGCUCAUUCCCUCUUUGACUCCAUGCCAUGUAAGAAUGGCCUCGUCUGGAACACUAUCAUUCAUGGCUAUUCCAAACGUGGGCAUCCUCGGAAAGCGCUUUCGCUAUUCAAGACCAUGAGUUUAGACCCCUUAGAGAUGGUGCAUUGUGACGCGGGCGUGUUGGCAACUGUUCUUGGUGCCUGUGCUGACUGUUUUGCUCUUAAUUGUGGGAAACAAGUCCAUGCCCGUGUCAUCGUUGAUGGUCUUGAGCUUGAAUUUGACAAGGUCUUGUGCAGCUCGCUUGUUAAGUUUUAUGGGAAAUGUGGUGACUUGGAUAGCGCUGCUCGCGUUGCGGGUGUUGUGAAGGAAGUGGAUGAUUUCUCUUUAUCUGCUUUGGUUUCAGGCUAUGCAAAUGCUGGAAAAAUGAGAGAGGCAAGAAGAGUUUUUGAUAGCAGGGUUGAUCAAUGUGCUGUGCUGUGGAAUUCUAUUAUUUCGGGUUAUGUGUUCAAUGGUGAGGAAAUGGAAGCGCUGGCUCUCUUCAAGAGAAUGCGUAGGAAUGGGGUUUCGGGGGAUGUAUCAACCGUUGCGAACAUUUUGAGUGCUGGGUGUAGCUUGCUUGUUGUUGAACUUGUAAAGCAAAUGCAUGCUCAUGCUUGUAAAAUUGGGGUGACUCAUGACAUUGUGGUUGCUAGUGCUCUGCUUGAUGCCUACUCAAAAAGUCAAGGCCCUCAUGAAGCUUGCAAGUUUUUUGGUGAGCUCAAAGCCUAUGAUACGAUUUUGCUUAAUACUAUGAUCACUGUGUAUUCUAAUUGCGGAAGAAUUGAAGAUGCAAAAUGGAUUUUUGACACAAUGUCUAGUAAAACAUUAAUUUCAUGGAAUUCAAUCUUAGUGGGCCUCGCUAAGAAUGCUUGUCCAAGUGAAGCAAUUGAUAUUUUUUGCAGGAUGAAUAUGCUAGACUUAAAAAUGGACAAGUUUAGCUUUGCCAGUGUUAUCAGUGCCUGUGCCAGUAAAUCAUGCCUUGAACUUGGGGAGCAGGUAUUUGGUAAAGCUAUCACCGUGGGGCUUGAAUUUGACCAUAUCAUUUCUACCUCACUUGUUGAUUUCUAUUGUAAAUGUGGUUUUGUUGAGAUAGGACGUAAAGGUUUUGAUGGAAUGAUAAAAACUGAUGAAGUCUCAUGGAAUACAAUAUUGAUGGGAUAUGCUACAAAUGGAUAUGGAAGUGAAGCCCUGACCCUGUUUAGGGAAAUGAGGUGUAGUGGUGUGAGGCCUUCUGCCAUUACUUUUACUGCAGUCCUUUCAGCCUGUGAUCAUACUGGUCUAGUUGAAGAAGGAAGAAAUUUGUUUGACACUAUGAAGCAUAACUAUAAUAUAAAUCCAGGGAUUGAACAUUACUCUUGCAUGGUUGAUCUUUAUGCCCGAGCUGGUUGCUUAGGGGAAGCUAUAGAUCUUAUUGAAGAGAUGCCUUUUCAGGCUGAUGCAAACAUGUGGUUUUCAGUAUUGAGAGGCUGCAUAGCCCAUGGAAAUAGGACUAUUGGCAAGAUGGCUGCUGAGAAAAUCAUUCAGCUUGACCCUGAAAAUCCAGGUGCUUAUAUACAAUUAUCUAACGUACUUGCGACUUCUGAGGACUGGGAAGGAUCAGCACAAGUAAGAGAGCUGAUGAUAGAUAAGAAUGUUCAGAAGAUUCCUGGUUGCAGUUGGGCAGAUUAGUGAUGAGAAACUCUGCUGAGCUUCAUCGCUUACAGGUGAAGGUUAAUCAAUCUAAGGAGGAUAAUUCCUGCAUGAAAAUAGCUUGAAAGUUGAAACCACCAUUACCUUCCAGUUUUUCUGGACUAUUUUUGGUAUGGACUAACCAAUUUUAAGAGAAUGAACAGCUUAAAAGCAUGUGGCUUUGUUGGGUUAAGUCUUUCUUGCUAACAGUGUUGUGAAAGCAGAGCAGGAUGCUAGGAACACACUUUUUUCUCAAAACACAUGCUAUUCUCUGAAUGUAGGACUAUCGGCAGCAAAAAUUGGAAAACAUAUUGGCAACUGCACAUUAUAUUCUUUCCUGUAGGCUAGGAUGCACGGGUACCGGUACGGUACCCGGUGCGGGUACGGUACCGGGUACAGGGUACGGCAUUUUCUGAAAAUCCUAGGUGCGGGUACGCCCGGGUACGUUAAUAAAGAUAUAUGUAUAUUUAAUUAUUUAUGUAUAUAGUGAAGUAAAAAUAGAAAAUA